AUGGCGCCCAAAACGCCCCUCUCGUCCGUCCUGCCGCCGCUGCUGUUCGGAACCGCCACCUUCAACCACCAGUACAACAAGGACCCCUACGCGCUCGACACCACCGGCCUGGUGCGCUCCGCGCUCGAGAAGGGCAUCCGCGCCUUCGACACGUCGCCCUACUACGGGCCCUCGGAGUCGCUGCUCGGCGCCGCCCUCUCGACGCCCUUCGUGCGCCAAAACUUCCCGCGCGAGGAAUACUUCCUCCUCACAAAGGUCGGCCGCGUCGCGUCCGACGAGUUCGACUACAGCCCGGAGUGGGUGCGGGCGUCGGUGGCGCGCAGCCUGCGCCGGCUGCAGACGCCGUACCUCGACGUCGUCUACUGCCACGACGUCGAGUUCGUGUCGGACGACGAGGUGGUGGCGGCGGUGCGCGAGCUGCGGCGGCUGCGCGACGCGCCCGCCAGCACCGUCCGCCACGUCGGCAUCUCGGGCUACCCCGUCGCGACGCUGUGCCGGCUGGCGGAGCGCGUGCUGCGCGACACGGGCGAGCCGCUCGACGCCGUCAUGAGCUACGCCAACUUCACCCUCCAGAACACGACGCUCGCCACCGCCGGCGUGCGCCGCCUGCGCGCCGCCGGCGUCGACGUCGUCCCCAACGCCAGCCCGCUCGGCAUGGGCCUGCUGCGCCGCGAGGGCGUGCCCGUCGGCAGCAUGGGCGACUUCCAUCCCGCCUGCGCCGAGCUGCGCGCCGCCGUCCGCGACGCGUCGGACCUGUGCGACAUGCACGGCGAACGGCUCGAGGUCAUCGCCAUCCGCUUCGCGCUCGAGACGUGGCUGCACGCCGGGGCGGAGGUGGGCUCGCGCGGCGACCCGGCGAGCGGCGUGCCGUGGAAGCGGGAGCGGAUCGAGGAGGUCGGCGGGCAGAAGCUGGGCGUGAGCGUCAUGGGGGUCAGCCAGCCGGCGGAGCUGGACAAGACGAUGAUGGUGUGGCGCAGCAUCCUCGACGGGCUCGAGGACGGGCAGAGCGUCGCGGACCGUGCGGGGCGGUGGAAGAGGGCGCACGAGUGGAGCCUGAACCGCAAGCGCGCGGUGCAGAUGCUGGCCGAGGGCGUGCAGGAGUGCCUGGCCGACUGGGUCGACUACGCGUGGGACAGCCCCGGCGACGGCUUCGUCAACAUGCGGGCCAAGAGGAGGCAGGCCGAGGAGGGCGAGGUCGGCAAGCAGAAGACGCUCACGGGCAAGGAGGCCGAGGCGGAGGCGCCCUGGCUCACGCCCGCGGCCAGUCCCGAGCCCGAGGCGGCGGCGGCGGCGGCCACAGAGCUGCCGUUGAGGUGA